AUGCUACCCCGGAGCGGGGAGGAGCCGUCAUGGAGCACCGUGAUGGAGACUGUGCUGUGGGCCCACACCUGCCUCUGGCUAAUCCCGGCCUGGCUCCCUUUGCUGGCGCCCAGUGGAUUUGUGGGUGGGGCAGCAGAACCUUGUGGGGCCGCCGGACCGCCUGGGGAGCUGAGGUGGGCAGUGCGCUUGACCGCUCCCCAGGGGUCUUCUGAGGAGGAGCUGGACAGGCAGGCCGAGGAGCUGGCCCAGGCGGCCGGCCUGGUGAACGUCGGCCGCAUUGGAGAGCUGAGGGGCCACUACCUCUUUGGCUACCAGCCAGGAGACCGUGGGGAGACAGGCCUGGAGGAGGUCCAGCAGCUGGCAGAAGCCGCGUUUGCGCAGCACAACCGGGUGACGUGGCACGCUGAGCAGCAGCUCCUCAAGAGGUCCAAGCGCAGCCUGCGCUUCAAUGACCCCAAGUACCCCCAGCAGUGGCACCUGAGCAAUCGCAAGAGUCCAGGGAUGGACAUCAAUGUGACCGGCGUGUGGGAGAGAAACGUGACCGGCCAAGGGGUGACGGUGGUGGUGGUGGAUGAUGGGGUGCAGCACACGAUUAAGGACAUCCAGCCCAACUACAGCCCUGAAGGCAGUUAUGACUUGAAUUCCAACGACCCUGAUCCCAUGCCCCACCCUGAUGAGGAAAAUGGGAACCACCAUGGGACCCGAUGUGCUGGAGAAAUCGCAGCCGUCUCCAACAACAGCUUCUGUGCUGUGGGGGUUGCCUACGGGAGCCGGAUUGCAGGGAUCCGGGUUCUGGAUGGGCCACUUACAGACAGCAUGGAGGCGAUUGCUUUCAACAAGCACUAUCAGAUUAAUGACAUCUACAGCUGCAGCUGGGGUCCAGAUGAUGAUGGCAAAACCGUGGAUGGGCCUCACCAGCUUGGAAAGGCUGCCUUGCAGCAUGGCGUGAUCGCCGGCCGGCGGGGGUUCGGCAGCAUUUUUGUGGUGGCCAGUGGCAACGGAGGACAGCACAAUGACAACUGCAACUACGACGGCUAUGCCAACUCCAUUUACACCGUCACCAUUGGCGCAGUGGACGAGAUGGGCUACAUGCCCUUCUAUGCGGAGGAGUGUGCCUCGAUGCUGGCUGUCACCUUCAGUGGGGGCGACAAGCUGAUGAGGAGCAUUGCCACAACUGACUGGGAUUUGCAGCGAGGCACGACUGGCUGCACGGAGGGCCACACGGGCACCUCUGCUGCGGCCCCUCUGGCGGCUGGCAUGAUUGCCCUCAUGCUACAGGUGCGCCCCUGCCUCACCUGGCGGGACGUCCAGCACAUCGUUGUCUUCACGGCCACCAAGUAUGAAGACCACCGGGCCCAGUGGGACACCAACCAGGCCGGCCUGAGCCACAGUCACCAACACGGGUUCGGCUUGCUCAACGCCUGGAGGCUGGUGAAUGCUGCCACGGUCUGGGAAUCUGUCCCUUACCUGGCCUCCUACGUCAGCCCAGUCUUGAAGGAGAGCAAGGCCAUCCCUUUGGCGCCCCAGCGGCUGGAAGUCACCUGGAACGUCACAGGAGCUGACCUGGAGCUGUCCGGGAUGAGAACCUUGGAGCAUGUGGCAGUGACGGUCAGCAUCACCCACCCUCGCCGGGGCAACCUGGAGAUCCGCCUCCUCUGCCCCAGCGGCAUGGAGUCUUUGAUCGGGACAGCGAGGAGUAUGGACUCAGACCCCAACGGCUUUGUGGACUGGACCUUCUCUACGGUGCGCUGCUGGGGGGAGGAGGCCCAGGGCACUUACCAGCUGGUGAUCCACGAUAUUGGGGACGAGACGCGCCCAGGGGUGCUGCAACAGUGGCAGCUGGCGCUCUACGGGUCCUCCUUGUCCCUGGCUGAGAUCAAGGAGCGGCAGAGGCUGCUCGAGGAGGCGAUGAGCGGCCGCUUCCUGGAUGCCGGGUUCUCCUUGCCCUGCCCGCCUGGCUUGACGAUCUCGGAGCAGGAGCCCUACCCCAUCCCUACCAACACCCUCAAGACUCUGAUGUUGCUGGGCUGCUUUGCCAUCUUCUGGACCCUCUACUACACGCUGGAGGUGUUUCUGACCCGCAACAAGGUGGCCUUGGACCUCGCCGCCUGCAGCAGUGCCCGUGGAUGCUCAUGGUCCAAAGGCAGGGCAGCCUCAAGUCUGGAGGACGGGACAGAGAUGGAGGAAACCGUCCCCCUGUGCAUGGAGGAGGACAUGGAGGUGGAGACUGAGAUGGAGCAGCUCCCGGCCGGCCAGGAGGGGCACAAGGGCCCCUGGAGCUGCCAAAGCCCCAGGCGAGGAGAGGCUUGCUGAGCGCCUGGGGCAAGAUCUGGCUACCUCACCCUGGGCCACCCAGACAGUGGACUGAGAGCAUCAGGCACACUAGCCGAAUUGGUGCCUGCCUGCCCGCCCCUCCCGGAAGCAUCUUCAGAGGAGCCCUUUGCCCUGGCAGCUCGCCCAGCAGCCACCUGAGGCAGGGCCCAGCAUGCUGAAGAUGCGGGGGGCAGGGGGGUCCUCAUGCGGUCCCUGCAGGAAGGAGAGGUGCCCCCCAUAGCCUGAACACGGAGAGACAUCAGUGUCUCUUCCCGGAGUGGGGCACUGAGCGCUCUGGAGGUGCCCAGCUGGCCGGACUCAAACUCUCGCUGCCUUAUGCUGCUGCAAGCCACAGAGCAGCAAGACCUUGGCUGACCUCAGCCCCUUUGGCCAAACAUGACCAGAGUUUCCUGCCAGGGAACCCUGCUCACUUCUGCCUUUGCUCUUUGUGCUUCCCUGCUUGCCUCUCGCCGUGCCGCCCAGGAAGGGCAAAAGGAGGCCAGCGGCAGGCCGGCACCGCCAAAGCCAACAGCAGCCUUGCCUCUGCUGCCUUUCGUGACUGGCCCCGGGGGUGGGGGGGCCUUGCCCAGAGGACAGUCCAGGCCCUGCAGCUGGGAGGGGCUCCUCCUCUCUCUGCAGUGUGGUCUGUGGCCUGCGGGGCCUGCAUGAGCUUCUCAGCCUGCUUGGAGCUGCACCUGUGGAAUGGACGGGCAGGGCUUUGUGUUCUGCGCUGGCCAAAGAGCUGGGGGCCUUUGCUGUCUUGAAGCCCGUCGUCCACCUUGGGGGUGGAGGGUGGUUUUAGUUCAGCGGGGUUUUGUUUUUUAACAGACUCUUCUUUGCAGCUUUCCAAAAUAAAGCAAUUUAAAAAGCC